GCCAGAUGUAUAGAUGAUUCCAUUUAACUAAUCCAUUCUAUAUUCUUGCGAAUAUCUAAAGAUGAACGAUAGAUAAAUACGUGAGGAAGAAUUUCAUCCCUGAUGACACAUUUCAAAGUCAAGACCACGAGUCCCCUAAACGCCGUAUUUGCCGUAUCUAUAAAUACUGUACAUGUAUUAAUCUACCUAUAUCUUCAGGGUUCAUUAUGGAUACAACAGAGAAGAAUAAUACUGAAUGUUAUGAAAAAUAUGAACAACUUACAUCAUACACGAAUAUAACAAAGGAAAAGUUUGAAAAAGAAUAUAAAAAACUCUUUGAUAAGGAAACAAAAAGAAAAAGAUUUUAUCUUCUGCUUCUUAAUGAACUAGAAAAAGCUAUGUCAGACGGUGACCUUAAUAGUUUAAAAAAAUUUGACAAUUUUAUUGGAUAUAUAAACGACAUAGAAACCACGACUACAUUGAAAUAUUUCUAUGACAGUGGAGAGAACCCUAUGGAAAACAGCAAUUUAAUUAUCUUAGCUUGUCAAUAUAACAAAGUUGAGAUUCUAAAGUACAUACUCAGCAAUAGUGGAAUUCGAAACAGAUUGUCUCUUGAUAUUGGGAAAAGUGCUAUAGAAUUUAAGGAUCAAGAUGAAGAACGCCAUAAUGCUUUUUAUUACUCUAUACGUUCAAACAAUGUUGAACUUCUUGAUACGCUGAUUAAGAAGUGGCCUGGCGAUUAUUUUGCUACCUAUCCAGAACAAUUAGAUGAAGUUCUUUCAAGCGCCUACGAAGAAUUGAAGUUAAAGAAUGUGUCACUGUCGGAUGAGAUACAAAUUUAUAUUGAAAAUAAAUUGAUAAAUCUUCGUUUUUUUUCUGACAACGUUAAAAAAAAUAAAAAUAAAAAUAAAGCUUUGAAUAACAAUUUUGAUAACGUGAAAAAACGCAUUGAAUUGGUGCUCCAAAAUAUUAAUUUAUUGACGACAGAAUAUCCGAACACAAAGAAAGUAGAUGAUAAAUUUCUAUUCGUAAUCAAAUUUAUUGCACAAAAUAUUCAUAUCUUAAAACGGCAACUGAAAUCGACAUAUAACAAGAUACCUUGGGAAGAGAUGGAGUUUUGUUUGGUUAGUUUCGUUUCUUCACACGUGAAACAACAAGAAUUGAAUUUAUUUUAUCGAGCCGUAUUAAACAAAAGCAAAAUACUUGAUUAUCUGAAGAAUUUUGCAGAGGUACUUGGAAACGUAAAGGAGCCCGAGAUGUUCACUCAUCUCCCAAAAGGGGAACGGCCGGAAAUUGUUGCAAAAAUAAUCGAUAAUUAUCCUCAAUUCGAAGAACUGUAUAACGAUUAUCAACAAAUUAGAGACAUCUGCUCUUUACAAAAAAUGAAAGAUUAUGUACAGCUGGGCUCAUUGAUUGAUCCUGCAGAGAAACAUGCGCGAUUGAUCAUUAUAAGAAUUUUACAAGUCAUCGGGGAACAUCUAAAAAAUUCUUUGGAAUCUCCCAAGUUAUCCGAUUUUAUGAACGAAGUUCUGUUACUGUCGUUGUCGAAAAACACCAGAAAAGUCGUCAUAAAUCUGCGUGACUUGCUGUCACAUGCUCAUUCACUUAAGAAAAGAACAGAAAUCGAAAAAAAUAUGACUGUUAAAUUUCUUAUUGGCGUUCAAAAUGAUAUUAAGAAAAUUGGCGAUGAUAUCAAUAAUAUCCUGCAUAAGGAAAAGAUGAAAGUCAUCAAGACACUAUGCAAAAGAAUUGAGAACAGUGAAUGCUUGGAUGAAAUAAAAGAAGUCGCAGAAACGUUUGUUAACACAGGCAAUGAGUUUGAUAUAAUCGAAGAAGAGUUCCAAACAAUGGAGUGCAAUGAACUUCAGAUCCUUAUCAAAGAACUAAAUAACAGCACAAUUGAGAAGACUGAAAACGAACAAAAGCUUCUCGAUAGAGUACAGUAUGUAAUCAAUCUGUUGAAAAAUAAAUGGGUAAACAUGAAACGUGAAUAUUUGACGAGAUUUAAAAUGUUGAGAGAGAACAUCCGAAGCAUUAGUGAAACAAAGAGCAAUAAUACUACUAUUAUAAUUACGAAACGCUUUGCUAAGAAAUUGAAGAACAUAAUUCCAACAGAAACGUGUGACCUUGAAGAAAUCGUUGAAUUGUUGCUAUCAAUUAUGUGUAGCUUCAGUUUCAGAUUAGUGGUCGACGAUUUUGAUAAAGUUUGCUGUAUAAUUCUAAAAAUGUAUGACAUUAUCAAAUACGAAAUAAGUAAUAUUAAGUGGAUUGAAGAUUUGCGACCAAAAUUAACCGAGAAAGCUUCAGUCAUUCCUGUGUAUACAGAAAAGGAAGAUUGGAAUAUUAGAAAAGAAAAAUAUGAUAAUGAUCUUCAGUUAAAACUAGCUGAAUUAAAAGAUGUCUUGACCGAUAAUAAAUUGAUGGGAAAUUCAGUUCAGAAUCUGUUCUUUUAUAAGACCAGUAAAAAGUUGCAAUCAGUGAUCGAAAUGCUUGUUUUAGAUAUAAUGUCGAUCCUAGGCGAAGAAUAUCUAGAAAAGAAUUUAUUCUUUUUGGACGAUAACUCUCCUUCGUUAACUGGAAAAUGCUUGCGCAAUCAUUUGGCACACGACAAUACUGUAAACAAUAUACUGUUAUCAGAUCCUAUGUUAAAUAUUAUCCUGAAUGCUAAGAAGCUUGUCUCAGAGAAUAUAAUGGAAAGUAAGAAAAAAAUUGGCAAAUCAAUGGAAGAUGGUUAUUUGAAAAUGAGAAACAAAUAUAAUCAAAGCCUUAUCACUAUCGUCAAUCAACAAGAAAUGUUUGCAGCAUUAGAAUUGGGACGUUUCGAUGACUUAAAGAGUUGUCUUCGAAAAGGAGCCGACAUAUACGCUAGAAAUACUAGCUUAUGGACCGCAUUACAUUUUGCUGCCAAAGGACCGAAUCUCGAAAUCGUGAAAUUUCUUCUCAGGCUCGAUUUAAACAUCAACGUUAAGAACGUCGAUGGUCAGAAUCCGUUACACAUUGCCGCUGCAAAUGGGAGGACAAAUAUUGUAAAAUAUUUUGUAGAUGAGCGGGGUUUCGAUGUAAAUGACACGGAUAGUUAUGAGAAAACACCGUUGCAUCUUGCGGCACAAGGCAAUCACAAAGAUACUGUCAAGGUUUUGUUAAAAAAUGGAAGUGAACUCGAUAUGCAUGACAUAGAUUGGUACACGCCUUUACAUCACGCAGUAAGGAAUAAAUGUAUCGAUAUCGUUAAGAUUUUGAUGGUGCAAUCUGCACAUUUUAACAUUAACGAGAGAACCAUAGGUGGCUUUACUGUAUUGCAUACAGCUGCGGAAUUCGGUUACUUGGAGCUAGUCAAUCUGUUCCUUCAAAAUAAAGCAAACGUUUCAGUUAGAAACGAAUAUAAUGUCACACCGUUACAUAUAGCAGCUAUCUACGGCCACCUGGAAGUAGUUAAUGCUUUAAUUUCGGCAGGGGCAAUUGUUAAUGCCAGAGAUAUACGUGGUUACACACCGUUGCAUAAUGCCAUAAUACAAGGUCACGAGGCAAUAGAAAAAGUCUUGUUGACAUAUGGAGCCGAUAUCAAUGCCUGCGAUAAAAUCUAUAACUAUACACCUUUGCAUUAUGCUGUAAUAUACGGAUAUGAAGAAAUAGUUCUCGAUUUGCUGAAACAAAAAGCUAAUAUCAACGUUACGACUAUUAUUGGCAUAACUCCAUUGCACUUUGCAGCGUAUCAUGGCCACUUGGAGGUGGUUAACAUCCUUAUAGAUCACGGUGCCAACGUUCACGCUAAAGACAAAGAUGAAGCUACAGUACUCUAUCAAGCAGCAGUCGGAGGUCACAAGGAGAUAAUCGAUCUUUUGUUAAAAACUGAAGCAAGUCUUAACGUUAGGACCAUUAGUGGUUCAACACCAUUGCACGCUGCUGUUAUGAAAAAUCAAAUGGAAGUUGUUGAUUUUUUAAUACAAAAUGGGGCUAAAAUAAAUGCUACAGACAAUAAUGGCAGGACACCUCUACACGUUGCUGCCGCUUCACCUCGUAAUAAACACAUUAUCGAAUUAUUGAUGAGAAACGAAGCUGCAGUCAAUGUUAAAGAUAAAAAUGGUGUGACUCCGUUACAUAUAGCUGCUUAUAACGGUUGCAUAGAUAAUGCUCUUCUACUCAUCAAAAAUAAAGCUAACGUAAAUGCUGUACACAUAUUUAUUACUGACGACGUGAAUGUGAGAUGUUUCACACCGUUGGAUUUAGCGAUUCUUACUGGUCAUAAGGAAGUUGUUGAAAUUUUACUCACAAACGGAGCCAUAAUUAAUGAUAACAAUAGGUAUCUCUCACCUUUUCUUACUGCUGUUAUAUACAACAAGAAAGAAAUCGUCGAACUACUCAUAUCAAAGGGAGCUAAUGUUCGUUCAGUGGGUAGUGAAGCUUUGAUAACUGCAGUUGUUAAAGGUUACAGAAAGAUUGUAGAGAUUUUACUGAGAAACGAAGUUCCCGUUAACAAAGAAUUCAAUGGUGCUACAUUAUUACAUUUCGCUGCUAGAAAAGAGAUAGUAAAUGCAUUGAUAUCACGAGGAGCUAACGUUAAUGCUGUUGGAAUGUUGAGCCUGACACCUUUGCACGCGGCGAUACGUGCAGGUCACGAUGGAGUAGUCGAAACGUUCAUAAAGAAUGGAGCGAAAAUCAAUGCUGAAUCUGAACUUGGUACGCCUCUGCAUGUGGCAGUAGCUAACGGUCACUAUAAUAUCGUACAAAUUUUACUGAAUAAUAAAGCAAGGAUCGACGUUAAAGAUAAAGAUAAUCGAACAGCUUUAGAAUUAGCUGUAGAGUAUGGUGAUUUGGAAGUAGUUAAGUUAUUGUUGCUGUCCAAGCAGGUGGAAAUGAAUACUAAAUACAACGGCUUGACGUUACUGCAAAUUGCUUCGCAGCAACCGAACUUGGAAAUGGUAAAAUAUCUGGUAGAUGAAGGGGCUGAUAUCAAUGUUGAAAGUCAGUUUCGGCAGAGUUCGAAGCCAAUACACAUCGCAGCCAGAGAAGGUCACAAAGACAUCGUAGAAUACUUUCUUAGCAAAGGACUGAGUGUCAAUGAGCUUGACAUAGAUAACAACACCUUGUUACACUACGCUGUACAGAACUGUCGGUUGAAAGUCGUAAAAUAUUUAAUAGCAAAGGGUGCUGACGUUAAUGCUAAAACUAAUCUAGACCGGACUCCUCUACACCUCGCUGUCGCGAAUAAGUGCAAAGAUAUUAUAGAAAUUUUACUAAAAAACGGCGCAAUGUUCAAUGCCGUCGACAAGAUGAAUAAACUUCCAUGGAAUAUGACAAAUGAUGAACAUAUCGUAGAACUACUAACUGUAACUGGGAAAUUGUUUAAAGCUGUAAACCGCGGAGACUUAAAUAACGUUGAAAAGUACAUUAAAGCAGGAGCGUUUGUUAACGCGAAGGAUGUUAAGAAUGUAACAGCGUUACAUUAUGCCGCGUGGAAAGGUUACGAUAGAAUUGUCGAUAUUUUACUAGAAAAUGCAGCUAAUCCAAAUGUGAUUAUUAACGGAUUUACGCCACUGCAUUACGCUGCCAAGUUCUCUCACUUUAAAGUUGUAACGCUCCUUUUGUCGAAGGCUGCAAUGUACAAUGCUGUUUCUAGCACUGAUAAAACCCCGCUGGAUUUGGCUACAGACGAAAAAAUAAUACAUUUACUCAAAUUAAUAAGCAACUUAUUUGAGAAUGUUAAAAGCGAUAAUGCAGGAGUAAUCGAUGACCUUAACAGGAUCAACGAUGUGGGUACGGUAAGGGCAGUAAUGAAUGCCCGCAACGAAGGAAACAGAUCGCUGGUGGUUGCUGCGAUACACAGCAAUUUUACAAACGUUGAGAGGCUUAAAGAAGUAUCGCAAGGCAAUAUAUCUUAUCAGAUUGGUAGAGGAUUAAACCAGCUAAAGCAAGGUAAUUGGAAGGUGGCUUUCAAUUGUCUUAGAAAUGCACUGGAGAAGAGAAGAAUAAUAUUAGGACCAGAUAAUCCGGGUACCUUGGAUAUUCAAACACAUCUUGCUACAAUAUUAACCGAACAAGGAAAGUAUCAAGAAGCUUUAGAAAUGUGAGAAGAGAUUUUCCA